UAUUCUCUCGCUCUGUAUUAUUGCUCAGAAACCAGCCACCAUGGGGAGUUAAGGGGGCAGUCGACGGGUCAUUUUCGUUAAUAUUUAAUAUCAGAAAGCUUUCCAUAUGCUGCGUUUUGGAGCACACAGUUCGCGCCAGUAUCCCCAAUGCAGUGGAUUACGGGGAUCGGGCUUUCAGAGACGGGUGAAUUGUUUGCCAGCAAAAUCAUUGCUAGAGGGGAAGAUCUGACCUCUGCCUUGUGCAAUCAGAGACAUGAGUGUUGUCAGAGAAUUACAUGGGUACAGGGGCGGUGGUGGGGUUGUGGCCUCCCUGAGCGGCCCUACCCACUUUACCGAGGAUGCUCCGCGACCCCCAGUUCCUGGUGAGGAGGGAUCUGAUGUGGACCCCCCUGUCCAGUCAGCCAACACCCGUCCAAACACCCUUUCCCAAACGCUGGGCUAUCCCCCGUCAUCCUCGUCAUCUAAAAUGGGGGAUCCAUCAAGUUACACUCCCUCCUCGUCGUCCGCGACCCCGCGGCGCCCCGAUCUGGACUUGGGGUAUGAACCUGAGGGCUCGGCUUCACCAACUCCACCUUACCUGAAGUGGGCAGAGUCGCUUCACUCUCUCCUAGAUGAUCAAGAAGGCAUCCAGCUGUUCCGAAACUUCCUGUGCCAGGAAGGGUGUGCGGACCUUCUCGACUUCUGGUUUGCUUGCUCGGGGUUCAGGAAGACCAGCCAAGAGAAGAGGGCAAAGCUGGCCAAGGCCAUCUACAGGAAGUACAUUGUAGAUGGAAGUGGGAUUGUCUCCAGGCAGAUCAAAGCAGCCACCAAGAGUUUCAUCAGAGACUGUGUAGGAAGGCCGCAUCCAGAUCCUGCAAUGUUUGAACAGGCCCAGACAGAGAUACAGGGCAUGAUGGAGGAGAACACCUACCCUUUGUUCCUGAAGUCGGAUCUGUACCUGGAGUACACACGGACAGGAGGAGAGAGCCCCAAGCCUAACCCCAGUGAUCAGAGCCCGUCAUCGGGGCCAGCCAAGUCUGUGCCUGGGUACUUACCCACACUCGCUGAGGAUGAGGAGUGGAGGUGUGGAGGAGGAGGAGUGAGGGAGGUGGAGGAAGAGAAGGAUGAGGAGGAGUGUGGAGACACACCAGCUGGUAGGCUGACUCACAGCCUGCUGAUGCAGACAGCACCUCAGAGAUCCUCGACCAGCAGGAGGAGGCCGGAUAGCAGGGAGUACAGGCCAUGGAGGGAGCCGGUAAACCCGUACUACGCAAACAUGGGCUACGCUCGUGCUCCAGCGACCAGUGCCAAUGACAGUGAGCAACAGAGCAUGUCGAGCGAUGCAGACACACUGUCACUGACCGACAGCAGUGUAGAUGGUAUUCCUCCAUACAGAUAUCGGAAGCAGCAUCGAAAGGAGAUGCAUGAAAGUGCCAAAGCCAAUGGACGUGUGCCCCUACCUCAUAUACCUCGCACGUACCGCAUGCCAAAGGACAUCCAUGUAGAGCCUGAGAGGUUUGCAGCAGAGCUCAUCAGCAGGCUGGAGACGGUUCUCAGAGAGAGAGAGGCUCAGGAAAGACUCGAAGAGAGGCUGAAGAGAGUACGACUGGAAGAAGAGGGUGACGAUGCUGACAUCUCCGUGACAACCUCCAUGUCUUCUCAUAGCAUACCACUCCCCCUCCCCUCAUCGUUCCCACCUCUCUACGGCGCCCGUUAUUCAGAGACCACUGCUAACACGGCGACAGUCGCCACCUACGGCGGCCUGGUUGCCAUGGAGGAUUCCCAUGACGACGACCCGGAAUCCAUUUUGGAUGAGCACGUACAGCGCGUGAUGAAGACGCCGGGCUGCCAGUCACCAGGGGCAACCAACAGCACCUUAGGAGGAGGGGGUCGACACACUCCUCCAAAAUCAUCGCGUUCACCUGACGGGGGGAUUGGCCCGCCUCAUUACCCGCCACACCGAGGGGGAGGUCAUAGUCUGCCUCCUGCUGGGGUCAAAGGUAUGCAUCACCACAAGCAGCUGUAUCACCACAGAGGAAGAGAAGGGCAGGAGGAGGUGGGCUCUAGGUCUCAGGCCAACUUCAUGUGGAACGGAGACCCGGCCAACCAGUAUGCAGGGAGAAGUCGUAACUAUGCUGACGGGGCCGGAGCUAGCACACUUGACGGCAUGGGUUACAGUAGUAAAGGUAGCACGCUAUCACGGCGAGGUUGUAAGAAGACAUCAGAGACGUCAGGCAAAGGUGAUGAGAGUGGGCGUGGCAUGGAGGGCCAGGUACCACUGGAGGAUCUGGAGAGAAACCAGAAGAUCCUGCAAUGGAUGAUGGAAGGAGACAGACAAAGAAAGACCUCACAUGGCAGCACCAGUAGCUCCAGGAGAACGGGAACCAGUAGCGAGUCGCCACGUCCAACUUCAGUGGAGCGACCUGGAGCCGUGCACCCCUGGGUUUCGGCCCAGCUGCGGAACAACCCCUCCUCAGUGUCCCCCGCCAUCCCCGGCUCGUCGUCCACCCAGGUCCAGCCCUCGCACCCUUUCAUCCAGGACCCAGCUAUGCCUCCCAACCCAGCUCCCAACCCCCUCACCCAGCUAGAGGAGGCUAGGAGGAGGCUGGAGGAGGAGAGGAGGAGGAACGCACUACAGCAGGCCAAGCAGAGGCAUAAGUCUGGUAAGCGCCAAGUGUGUGAGAACAUGACAGUCGCUUACUACUUUUGUGGAGAGCCAAUCCCGUACCGAACAUCAGUCAAAGGCCGUGUGGUGACUUUGGGCCAGUUCAAGGAGCUGCUUACCAAAAAGGGCCAUUACAGGUUCUACUUUAAGAAAGUGAGUGACGAGUUUGACUGUGGUGUAGUGUUCGAGGAGGUUCGUGACGAUGACGCCAUCUUGCCUAUCUUUGAGGAGAAGAUCAUCGGGAAGGUGGAGAAGGUUGACUGAAAUUUGGGAACAGGAAGAAGACACAGAAUUGGGGAAAAAGAUUUAAGAUUUGGAAAAAAAGAGGAGAUAGGAAGAGAACAUUGGGGUUGGAUAGAAAUUCCGCUGUGAGAAAACGAAGGGAAGAAAGUAGAAAGAUGGAAGGAGCAAUGUGUGACAGAGGGGAGAUUGCGCUGCAUGGUAGAAGUUCGAGUAUUAAGGAGGUGGAUAUUCUUAUGGACUAUCUGGAUGUUGGCGUCACGCCUUGAUCAAACCCACGUAAAGCAAAGAACCUUGGCCAGAGCGGAGGAAAGGAACAUAAAUUAUUUCACCUGUCUUGUCUCCACUGUGGAUAUUCGAGGAGCGCUGUUGAAAUCUGAUGUCUGACCAGUCUUCCACUUCCACUGCGAUGGAUGGAAAAGGGUGAGGGGACUGCUGGGAGGAGAGAGGAUAAAGUAGUCUUCCACUUCUGCUCUGGAGGAGUCUGUCCUCCGCAGACCAUUACGAUGCUGCUACAUUACCACGGAAACUCUUCAAUCGGUGCUCGGGACAGUAAAGAAAGCGGUUUUGUUCCACUCGGGAGUCUCGCUGCCUUUUGCUGUCUCUGUUCCUCAUCAGCUGGUGACGAGGAGAGGACAGAGGAUUUUUGGGGAGUGGAACUUAAGCCUGCUUCUCCUCUCGUUGACUUCAUAGCCUCAAAACAGAAACGUUCUCACCCGUUGAUUCCUAGAUGUCAUGUAGUGAUCUCUCACAUCAACAUGUUCAGACGACAGUUCUCUACAUAACUUGUUUACCAAAGCUACAUAUUUUUGAUAAGACAAGUAUCCUAGCUACUUGUUUCAUUUUAUUUGAAUUGUGUAUGUACAAGGCAGGUACUAUUACUUAUUAAUGCAGCCUAAUUUCGUUAUAUCUCAACUUAAUGUUGUAUUAUUGUGUAUGUUUUGAAGCUAGUUCAUUAGUCAUUUCAGGGCAGCCAUUUUGUUUGUUUCUCCCCCUCUGUAAAACAUCCCUGCACCUCAGUUCUGUACUGUUUACCUUUGAGUGUGUAGUUCUGUUCUCCUGCGCAAUGCAUUUUAAUUAUAGGCUUACUUUUAUUUUAUUUUUCACCAUCAAAAAUUCUCAUGAAAAAGGAGUAUUUUGUUUUGAACAGCUCACACUGUCACCUCAUAGACGUCAUAUUUCUCUGCUACACUGAGAGCUCAGUCUAGAUGCCUGCCUCCCUGGCCAGUGCCAUUACUAUCUAGAAUGCUUAUUCUGAAGCGUGUUGGUGAGUGUGAAAACCUGUGUCAUGUACGCCUGAACUCAGCCAAAGAGCAUAUCAUGCGUCCCGUAUGCCUACAUGCGUGUGUCUGUGCAGUCCAAGUCCACAAGCAUGAAAUGUAUUAUCUUCAUCAUGAGCAGAAGGGAAUCUUCUUCCUCGUGCGGAUUCCCAAACUUCAGACAUUGUAGCUGAACACUGAGUUUCAUAAAAUCUGCAGCUCAUCUUAAAAGAGUAGUUUGACAUUUUGGGAAUUAUUUCCUUUCUUGUUGAGAGUUAGGUGAGAAUUGAUACCGCUGUCACGUCUGCACGGCAAAUAUAAAGCUGCAGCCAGUGAUUGGUUAUCUUAGCUUAGCAUGAAGACUGUAAACAGGGAAACAAUUUAACUGCUUUUUGUAAAACUUGUACAAAACUAGAGCUGCAAAUAUUAAUUAUUUUUUAUUGAUUAAUCUGCUUAUUAUUUUCUCUGUCAGUCUAUUGGUUUAUAAAUUGUUAUUUAAGUACAGAUUCAAAGAAAUUGCUUAUUCUGUCUGGCCACUAGUUCAGAAUUUAAGGAUUGUCGGCUCACUGUCACAUAAGACAGAAAAAAGCAGCAAAAUCUGCACAAUUUAGAGUUGGAACUAGAUAAUUUUUGGCAUUUCUGCUUGAAAAAUGAUUUUAAUCAAUUACCAGAAUUGUGUCAGAUUUCUCAGAAAUUAAUUUAGUUUUCAGACGUUACAUGUAAGUGUCAACUAGUUAAGCCUUUAAGGUAGGUUUUGUUCCCUUUGGACAGAACCAGGCUAGCUGUUUCCCUCUGUCUCAAGUCUCUAUGCUAAGUUAAGCUAACCAGCUGCUCGUUGUCGCUUCACAUUUAGCGCACAAACAUAAGUUGUAUCAGUUUAACUCUCAGUGAGAAGCGUAUUUCUCCAAAUGUCAAACCAUCUCUUCAGACGUCUCUCAUCAGCACUGCAGUAAGGCCUCAAGGCCACGAUAUCAUAAAGCACCGUGCAGACAGUGCACUGAUCACACACCAGCUAUGUAAGCUGAAUGUAAUUUGACUUUUUUAACUUUUACCUGCUAUGUCCUCAACAAAAACCCGUCAUUGCUCCUGUUGUCAUGUCUGUCCACAGUAUUGAUCUCAAACUGUUGGCCUGACUGAGUGUUUCGUGUUAUCUAUGCUGGUAGUUAAUUGAAUGUGUUCAUCCAACAAAGAGGUCCUACCUACCGAACGUCAUUCAGGAAUGUCAAAUACAAUUUGUCCUGGGUUCUGCCCAGUAAGGGAAACAUAGGAUUGGAAAAACAUUUGUCCUCACUUCAACCCAUUAUGCCUUCAGUAUGAAAUUUUAAAUUUAGAUAUGUAUUUGUUUAUAAAAAAAAAUGUAAUUUUAAUAAUCACCAAGCAUGUUCUUUAUAAGGAAUGUUUUCCUGAUGAGUUGAAUUAUCUAUUUUGUUUUAAUGUUUAUGUGCGAACUGCUACGGCCCUCUGAUAUAUUUUAUCUGUUUUGUUAGAACGCCCAGGGACAGUUGAAUGAGUCGUCUCUUGUGAUUAUAAUUCGAUGGACAAAACAAACAACUGCGUCUGUUGUGUUGUCAAUUUGUGUGAAACACAGUGCCUUUAUCAUGUUAUCUCUCGAAAUAUCUUUAUUAAAACCAAUCCAUGCUUUUAAUGUAAGUUUUUCUUUUCAGUCAGUCCCGUUGUAUUUUUAGCUGCGGUCAUUGCUUGCUCACUUCUGUUCUGAUAGAUCCUCUGCUGUAAAUAUGUACAUUAUCAUUUCAUAUGUGUCUUCAUACCUGCACCACAUGUCCAUGGUGUUUCUGUUUUUCAAAGGUAAACGCCAAGAUGUCACUGUGCUGGUUCCACUUGUACAUUUCUUUUAAAAAGGUACUUCAUAAUAAAGAUGUUGAAUAAAUCCUUCCUCUCUUUUAAUUUUCUGGCAUCAUUUUCUGUCUUCACCUAAUUGUCCUUAUUCACAUAAUUAAUCUAGCACUUAAUACUGCAUGUUGCCUUGUAACCCUCCCUGUUUGCC